AUGGAGUUUGUCACAGCUGACGAUCAAUGUAGGAACAAUGUAUACAUAGAAGGGAUGGCUCUCAGGUGUUCGGUCUUCAAAAGAUGGUCAGUAGCGGCUCCUCACCUCUGCGAUGUCAAAUGCGGACAAGAGAUCACAUGCCAAAGUUAUAACUACAAUCAAAAAUACCAAAUAUGUGAACUAAAUAACCGCACCAAGGAGGCGAGACCAGAGAAUUUCCUUUCAGCUCCCGCGUGGUUUUACAUCCGGCGAUUGAACGGCAGAGGUAAGAAAGUGAUUCUAAGUGAUUCCUAUUUCUUUAAAUCUUCUCCAUCCUCAGCCUGAUUCCUUCUCACCCGGAAGAACUAAGAAAAGGAAGUGAACGUAAAACAUAUCUUUACUUCAGCUCCAUUAGGUUCUAUCCCUGAAUUACCAGCGCUGUCUUGUCGGGAAAUAAAGGCAAGUGAAGGUAAACACACCAUAAGCGGCAAGUAUUGGCUCGAUCCAACUGGGAAAGGAAAGGCAAAACUGAUUUACUGUAAUAUGGUUAACGAAGGUAGGUCCUAUGAGUUUGAAUGAGUUAUUUUAUGUUGUAACGAGUUAUAGGUAUCAUGAAAUUAUUAUAAAUUAUACUAUUAUUGAUAUCAUCAUCGUAAUAUUUGGUUUGGAUCAGUUCUAUGGAGGAUGUCUCUCUCAAGUUGCUCUAACUUAGUCACUGCUUCUCUUUCCACAUUCUAGAUAUGGACGAAUGUAAAUUUAACAUCAGUGACUGCGACGUGAAUGCAAACUGUACUAACACGUAUGGUUCUUACAAAUGCACAUGUAAAGUGGGAUACACUGGCGAUGGACACUCAUGUUCAGGUAAUUUUGAAGAUUACCUUAUUAAUAUUUCUAAAUAAAACUAAUUUUUGUAAAUCGUCUCAUAAUUUAGAGCAGCGCUACCCAUGCACGCAUUUAUGCACAGAGUUACCAUGAUCUACAUCUUGCUUGUUUCAGAAUAGUCAGGUUGAUAAAUUUAACUAUUUGUGCUGAAAUUUAUGUAGCACUAAAAGAGAAACAUUUGUUUUAUAAUUUGUGAUGAUUAAAGGAAUUAACCGAGUAUGAGUCAUAAAAACGAUAAGAUGCAAAAAUGUAUCGAUGAUUUUUCAGAUAUUGACGAGUGUAAAGGAAAUCACUCUUGUCACAUGAAUGCUAUCUGCACGAACACAAAAGGAUCGUACGUUUGUACUUGUCACCGCGGAUAUACUGAAAAUGGACGCGGCUGCGCAGGUAUUUGAUGCGUUUCUUUUGUAACCAUUUUCAUCAGAAAGAAAAGCACUAUCAUCGUUGUAAAACUUGUUUUGCCAUUAUACCUUGUAUUUAAAAGAGAUGAAUGUAGACCUGAAGACAAUAUUGAUGAUGACACAAUUGUUUUAAAUAAACAUUCAGGGGAAAAAAAUCUCAAAACAAGAUUAAGGUUUCUAAGUUUAUACUCGGCAACUUCUUCCCGAUUGCAUUUUUUAAAAUUUGUUUUAAACAUUUUUGAGGAUCAAAGGAAUUAACCUUGAUGCAUUUCUUUUGAAACCAUUUCCAUCAGAAAGAAAAGCACUAUCAUAUUUGCGAGGCUUGUUUUACAAGCAUACCUUGUAUUGACCCUUUCACUCCUAAGAUCUCAUUAGUAAUUCUGUUUACAGUCUACCAUACAAUUCUUACGAUGUUAGUUCUAAGAAUUUGGUAUUAAAUUAACUGAUAAUCCUCAAGCUGAUAUUUUUUCUUAUUCUCGUCAUUUGUCUGUUUGAUAUUGUAAUGAUUUGGUAAGGAGAAAUUCUUUCUUGGUCAUUAAAGGAAGUUAGGUGGUUAAGUAAACAUUCAGUGUAAGUUAAAAAAUCUCCACUGGUAAAGGGAGACUUGAUAGACAGGCUUACAGGACAGAACAACAGAUUUAAACUUGGGGGAACCGAGAAAAAAAUCUGGUGAGUGGUUGUGUGAAGCACUUGCGUCUGGAACCACAAGACAACAAUACUAGGGUUUCUUACGUUAUGUUCGGCAACUUUUUUUCAAUUACAGUUUGUUUGUUUUUUUUUGGUUAUUUUUAUGAUUUUACAGAUAUCAACGAGUGCAAAGGAAAUCACUCUUGUCACGUGAAUGCUAUAUGCGUGAACACCCUUGGAUCACAUGUAUGUCAAUGUCAUGUUGGAUAUACUGGAAAUGGACAAAACUGCACUGGUGAAUUUAAUUUCUUCUCUACAAUAUUUUUAAUUGUCCUGUAUGGAUUCCGGCUACGGCGCUGCACCAUUCAGCUGCGUUCCAAGACAAUUAGAUAAUUUAUUACUCAUUACUGGUUUUGAUUUAAGCAGUCGUUUCUCGUGUUAAGAACCUCUUAGGUAAUGUCCCUGACUUUUAAAUGAACAAUUUUGGUAAGUAAUGCACUGUUAUUCUGCUUUUAAUGGACUCUAAACAAGUUAUUGACAAAGUCAUGAAAAUAAAAUCGCUCGUUUGGCUCUGAACCCUGUGCACAUGAUAGAUAUGUACGUGACUUUCCAUGGCGCUACGUUUUCGCUGAUAUAUUUGAAAGAAAAAAGUUGAAAAUUGUUAUCAUCAAGUUUUAUAAAAUAGUCAAGAUACUAUGAGCGCACUGAUUGGUCAAAAUUAAUUGUUAUAGGGGGGAAGUUUCUAUAGAAACUUUGGUGCCGCGUCGGUGGGAGAGUAUAGCAGGUAAUUUAGUUAACAACUGAGUUCAAAAUAUAAAUUGGCCACCGUAAAGAGUAACAAGUGCUAAUCAGCCUUUUUACUCUUUACGGUGGCCAAUUUACGUUUUCAACCCAGUUGUGGGCACUAAAUUACCAACUUUUGAUUAUGUUUUAAAUGAUUUAAAAACCUUACACAAACUUUAAUGUGAUACAGACAUGACAUUCUCCGUGGAUCUUAAAAACCCUAAAAGAAUCUCUAACCUUCCAAGAUUCCUUUAUAAAAAGAGCAGUUAUGAUCAAUCAAACUUAUUUGACUUACGCAAGCCAAUUGGCCUUAUGAUUACAAAUAAUUGGAUGAUGCUAGUAGGCAGAGAGUUAUUACACACUCCUGGGAAAUAAUUGGGUACUAGCGAAUACUUCUGGGCUGGUAUCGUUGUGUGGGAGCUGAGGAUCAAAAAUGUAUUUAACGCAUUUGGUAGCAUCCAGUUGAGCCGGUGAAAACAACUCAGGCUUUGGUGGGCGAUUAAAGCAAGAGGAAAUGUAAUUCUUCAUAAAGCUAUCAUUUCAUUUUAGUUCCUUUGUGCAUCAUCAUUCUCUAACCCAAAUACAUCAAAAACCUGGGUGACGCUAAUAGCUAAUUUCUAAGCUUAUGCUCGGCAACUUCUUCCCAAUUGUAUUUUUUAAAAUAUAUUAUUUUUUAUGUUUAUCAUUUUACAGAUGUUAACGAGUGUAAAGGAAAUCACUCUUGUCACGUGAAUGCUAUAUGCAUGAACACCAAAGGAUCUUAUGUUUGUACUUGUCACCCCGGAUAUACUGGAAAUGGAAACGACUGCACAGGUACUUGAUGUAUUUCUUUUGAAACCAUUUCCAUCAGAAAGAAAAGCACUAUCAUAUUUACGAGACUUGUUUUACCAGCAUACCUUGUAUUGACCCUUUCACUCCUAACAUCUCAUUAGUAAUUCUGCUUACUGUCUGCCACACAAUUCUUACGAUGUCAAUUCUAAGAAUUUGGUAUUGAAUCAACUGAUAAUCCCCGAGCUGAUAUUUUCCCUUAUUUUCGUCAUUUGUCUGUUUGAUAUUGUAAUGAUUUGGUAAGUAGAAAUUAUUUCUUGGUCAUUACUGGGAGGAAGGUGGUUAAGUAAACAUUUAGUGCAUGGUAAAAAAUCUCCACUGGUAAAGGGAGACUUGAUAGACAGGCUUACAGGACAGAACAACGGAUUUGAACUUGGGGGAACGGAGAUAAAAAUAUGGUGAGUGGUAAUGUGAAGUGUUUGCGUCUGGAACUACAAGACAACAAGACUAGGGUUUCUUACGUUAUGCUCGGAGACUUUUUUACAAUUACAGUUUUUUGUUUUUUUUUUAAGUUAUGUUUACGAUUUUACAGAUAUUAACGAGUGCAAAGGAAAUCACUCUUGUCACGUGAAUGCUACAUGCAUGAACAUCCUUGGAUCACAUGUUUGUCAAUGUCAUGCUGGAUAUACUGGAAAUGGACAAAACUGCACAGGUGAAUUUAAUUUCUUCGCUACAAUAUUUUUAAUAGUCCUGUAUGCCUUCCGGCUACAGCGCCGCACCAUUUAGCCGCGUUGCAAGACAAUUAGGUAAUUUAUUACUCAUUACUGGUUUUGAUUUAGGCAGCCAUUUCUCAUGUUAAGAACCUCUUAGGUAAUGUCCCUGACUUUUAAAUGAACAAUUUUGGUGACUGAGGCGUUGUUCUGCUUUGACAUUAACCUUAUCACAAUGACUGACAGGAGCAUGAAAAUAAAAUCGCUCGUUUGGCUCUGAACCCUGUGCACAGGAUGGAUAUGUCAAUGAUUUUCCAAGGCCCUACGUUUUCGUUGACACUCAAGAUAUAUUUGAGUGAAAAAGUUGAAAAUUAUUAUCAUCAAGUUUUAUAAAAUAGUCAAGAUACUACGAGCGCCCUGAUUGGUUAAAAAACAAUCGUUGAUUGCACCGGUAAACCUGUGGAAAAUUGAAGUUUAUAUAUGUUAUUAAAGUAACAGACCGCACUUUCUAUCGGUUUACCAGCGUAGUAAACGUCUUCAGAUGUUGGGAAACCAUUCGAAAAAAAAGUAGAUCAAUCGCCUUCAGCUCGUUCUCACAAAAUCCAGCGUGGAUUAUAUCGCCAGGAAACUGAGAGCAAGAGCGAUAAAUAAAGGGUCUACAAGAACUGCGGUGCUGCGUCGGUGGGAGAGUGCAACAGGGUAAUAUAGCAUUAUCAACUGAGUUGAUGAGGUAAAUUGGCCACCGUAAAGAGUGUUACAGCGAAUGCUCGAAACGUCAGCUUUGAAACUCUUUACAGAGGCCAAUUUGCAUUAUCAACUCAGUUGAUAAGGUAAGAAAAAUAAUGGGGAAGGAAAAAAAAUCGAAAAGAAAUGGUAGGUUGAGUCCUGAAGGGAUUGUAUAUUUUUCUCUGACCUUAUCUGACCCUUUUCAUAGAACGAAAGGAAACCUUUAGGAGGCAGAGAGAAAUUACACACUCUCAAAACCUGGGUGAUGCCAAUAUUAAGAGUAGUUACGCUACACCGUAAUUUGGUCCAGUGUUUUGUGACGACCUAUCCCCCAAGGGAUGGUACGUUUUGUGGGAGCAGCAGGAACAAGCCAGUUGUUUCAGAGCCGAUAGCUUGAUAAACUGAAAUACUCGUGAUAAAAUAUACGUUUCAAAUAUCUAAUUCGUGGAACACAAAAAGAGAAAAAAUUGUUUUGUUAUGUAUGAUUAUCAAAGUAAUCACUCGACUGAGAGUCCGCUCAUUUUUAAAGUGACAAACAUGAUGAAGUGCAAAUAUAUAUAUGGUUUCUCAGAUAUUGACGAAUGUAAAGGAAAUCACUCUUGUCACGUGAAUGCUGCCUGCACGAACACCAACGGAUCCUAUCUUUGUGAAUGCCACCCUGGAUUUAAUGGAAAUGGUCAAAACUGCGCAGGUGAAUUUAAUAUCUUUGCUAUAAUAUUUAGAUUAUUCCUGCUCGAAUCUAACCUGAAGCUGCUGAGGUGGCCAUAUUAUUAGUUUUUCAUAUGUAAAUGAUACCGGCUGUGCCCUAAGUCUGCCUAGAGCUGUCCUUUAAUGCGUUGUCUGAAAAAGGAGCUCAAAUUCGGAUCCUGAUGAGUUUAUCUGGAUCUCCAAUAUCACUGUUUUAGUCUCAAAGCCUUAAAGUAGUUAAAGACACGAGAGUUACAAUGUUUAAUUCUUCUUCGCCUAAAAACACUGUAGGUACAUUUAAGCAAUUGCUAUCUACAAUCGAGUGAGUGAAUAACAGACCAAUAAUAGCUUGCAUGCUAUAUCUGUGGAUCCAUAGCAUUAAAUAAAGCAAUUUUAGCAGGAACUAUUGUCCUACCAGUGCUAAGUUUUGUUUUUUAAGCAGCAUUACCCAUACAUGCUUAUGCACGGAGUUGCCAUGAUAUUCAUACGGUUUGUCUCAGAGCCUUGAUGUUAGGAGAUAUAAAAAAGAACAUUGGAGAGGAGAAUAUAACAUCUAAGUUGCACGUUUCAAAAAUCAAGCUCGUUAAAGACAAAGAAAGAGAAAGCUUUCUCUUAUUAUCUGAAAUGAUUAAAGUAAUUACAAAUCGUUAGACGACAAAAAUAAAGUGCAAAAUGUAUUUACGGUUUCUCAGAUAUUAGACUGGUUUAGCAAGAGGACGGGAACGUCAUUUCAGAACAGGAAAGCGCGCGGAUAAUCUGGACACAACUCUAUUUCGACUUCCCGUGUUAGCGUUGUCGUUCUCCCCAUCAAGUUCAGGACGUCAUUUCGCUGAGUUUGAGUGCAUUUCAUUCGUUCAUGGUUAAACGGGAACUCAUUGUAAACAACUCCAUCGUUGGGUCGCUUGAUCUCUACAUGUUUCGCCAUGACUCCUGCUUAAAAGAGGUGUACUGUCAUGAUUGAGAAGAAUAUUCAGUAAACAAGGGAAAAGACGGCGACGAUUUCAAUUCCAAAUUAUAAUUUACAAAAUUAUGAAGAAAAACGAGUAGUGCUGAAAUCUAGAAGCACGAAACGAAAUGACAGCGAUACAAAUCAUAGAAAAAAAUAUUUAGUGGGCUUCAAAAUUUGAUAGAUGAAUCUGCAGACUCGAGACUUAACUGAAAUGAAAUAAUUUCAAAGUUUAAUCGCCCAUAUGGAUUCAUACUAACAACUCACUUGUAGUAAACUAUCCUCGGUUUGUGCUUGUCGUUACACUCUCAAAGAGGAUAAUUUCGUUGCCCUUCAAGUGGUCUAUGAAACCGAAAAUUCAAGGCUGAUAAUGAUCCGAAAGAGCCAAGGUUAGGAUAUUCAAGAUAUCGUAUAUAACGUGGACGGUUCGUUGAAACGACUGCUAAGUCACUUUUCAACACAACGCGACGGUGUUCUCGACCCAGUUUUUUCUCGGCAUUUUUGCUGCGCGCGCCGUUCUGAAAUGACCUUCCCGUCCUCUUGCUAAACCACUCUAUUAACGAGUGUAGAGGAAAUCAUUCAUAUUACGUGAAUGCUACAUGCAUGAAUACCCUUGGAUCACAUGUAUAUGAAUGUCACCCUUGAUAUGCUGGAAAUGAACAAGCUGCACAGGCGAAUUUAAUCUCUUUCCGAAAUAUUCAUGACAUAACUGACUCCAGCGCCGCACCAUUCAGCCGCGUUCACUCAUAACUCGUAAUAUAAGCAGCGGUUUUUCAUGAAGGCGAUGAAAUUUUUAUUUUGUUUCCCGCGUUGAAAUUAGCAGUAAAUUCCUACGAGUUGACUUUCAUCCGAAAUUCACAUCGAGGAGGCAUAAUUUUAUGCUACCUUGUGUAGAAAAACGAAUCAUUUUUUGAUUAUGUUUUAAAUGAUUUAACAACCUUACACGAACUUUUACAUGAUGCAGACAUGAAACUCUCCGUGGAACUAAAAAACCUUCAGGAAUCCCAAACCUUUAAAGAUUCCCUAAUAAUAAUAAUAAUAAUAAUAAUAAUAAUAAUAAUAGCAGCUAUGUUCCUUAUUUGCCUCAUGCAAACCGAUGAAUGAGUUGCCAGCAAUCGGAUCCUUGUGUUUUCGCAAAGAUUUCUGGGAACGCCACGGGGCAAACAUUACAACUCUCUAGAAAUAAAUGCAUGGCGAAAGGCUGUUUCGAGGUCCAAAGAAACGUUUACGAAGAGAGAUCACCGCUUUUUUUGCCGCUGCUUUAUCAUAAUUGGAGUGGGUAAUGUUGAUUCAAGGGAAGCGUAAGUUUUGUUUGAACAACCAUGAAAUAUGAAGUAAAAUGAGCCGAUUGACUUUUCACCAUGCGCACGGUUUAUUGUGAAAUUGACAUCGUGUUCUGGUCUCGCAAUUUAGACAUAUUAGCCUUUUCAGUUUUGUUUACGUGUGUUAAGUCUACUUAUAGCUUCUAGCUUUUUUCUUGGCUUGGUAAUACAAAAGAGCGCUACAACGCUACCUUGAAGCAGCAGGAGAUCGAAAUGGUGUGCUUGGGCAUUGAAUAACAUCGCUUAUAUAUCUGUUAUUUGCCGGCUAAGGGUCGGUCCGUAUGGUGAAAAACUGUGACCUCGGCCUUAUAAUGCUGCCCGAGGCCGUCAAGGCCGAGGUCACAGUUUUUCACCAUACGGACCGACCCUUAGCCGGUAAAUAACAUUUUUUUUUUAAACUUAACGAAACACAUUCUGAAAGAACCCGAAUGAUUUAGGGCUAUAAAUAUGGCAAGAUCUUCCAUAAACUGAACAAUUUCUGAGCGAGUAAAUGGUAGUUAAAGUAAAGGUGAUACAAAUUAAGGAGAGAUGUUGUUCUGAAACAUUUCCACUUGCGUAAAUAAAGGUGAUUUAAAAGGCUUCCAAACAAAGUUUGAAACAUUAUUUUUACAAGUAUCUGUCACAAUCUGACACCUGUCAAUUAGAGAGUGCGUAAGAAAAAAAAAGCGCAAGAAGAUUUGAAAAACAACGGAACUAGUUUGGCAAGGACUGUCGCGACAAUGUUUUCUUCAAAAACAAUCAAUGAUAUAACGGAAAGUAUUAUUCACUCUCAUCGACGAUUCAUUCAUGUACGAAGAUUUACCUCUGUUCAUUAAGUAAACGGACAAGAAAGUAAUUGUGAGUAAAUUCAAAUUUUUUAUUUUGAAGUUGUGAGAGUUUGCUCGUUUGUUUGCUGCAACAGUGUAUGUAAAUCUGGUCUUUCCUCCACAAAAACGAAAUUCGAACGGCACACUCCAACGAGACACAAGGGGAUUUAACGCGGCCUUUUCUCAAUAAAUUCCUUCAGUUUCUGUUGUGCAAUUUAUGGUCCAAAUGUCCAAAUUGAACGGACUUUGAAAGACUCACCGAGAGCGUAUAUUUAUUGUCGCGUACAUUUAUUAUCAAGAUGGGAAAAAGUUGGAAAUUAUUCUUAUCAAGUUUUAUAAAAUAAUCAAGAUACUGGUAGCGCCGUGAUUGGUCAAAAACCCAUCGUUGAUUGCACCUAUAAACCCAUGGAAAAUUAAUUGUUUUCUCUCAGACGUUGACGAAUGCAGCAAAUGAACGGAUGCCAUCCGUUCAAUUAAGCUCAUACCGUCAAAAUGAACGGAUGCCAUCCAAAUUCAUCUUGCACUUAUACCCAGGGCUCAUCAUACAACUGUUCUUGCAAUCCUAUGUAAAUUGGGGAUGGUUUUGAAUGUAAAGGUUAGUUUGGUUUUUCAUGAAGGCGAUGAAAUCUAUAUUUUGUUUCCCACGUUAAACGUAGCAGUAAAUUGGCUUAGAGCUGACUUUCAUUCGAAAUUCACAUCCAGGAGGCGUAAUUUUACGCUUCCUUGUGCACAAAAACGAAACAACUUUUAAUUAUACAUGACUAUAAAUAUAUGAAAAUCAUGCAUGUGCACUGCGGUUGAAGAAAUGAAUAUAGAGGCAAUCCUCGCAGUUAUGAAUACCACUGAACUAGUAGUGAAAAUAAGGCCUGAAAAAAAUUCAGGUCCGUACGGGAUUUCAACCCAUGACCUUUACGAAACCGGUGCAACGCUCUACCAACUGAGCUAACAGGCUAACUGGGAGCUGCUAGUUACAAAUAAACCAUCUAAUUGGUGAAUACAUUAAUGUAAACAUAUGAAAAUCAUAUAUGCGCACUGCUACUGCCAGUAUAGUAGUGUUCAAAACUGCGAGGAUCGCUUCAAUGUUUGUAACUUUUGAUUAUUUUUUUAAAACCUUACACGAACUUUUACAUGAUGCAGACAUGACACACUACGUGGAACUAAAAAACUGUUAAGAAACUCUAACCUUAAAAGAUUCCCCCAUAAUAACAGGUAUGAUCAAUCAAAUUCGUUUGACUUUUGCAAGCCAAUUUGCGCUAUGGUUGUAAAUAAUUGUAUGAUGCUAAUAGGCAGAGAGUUCUUAUACAGUCAUGGGAAAUAACUGUGUUGUUACCAAAUACCUCUGGGCUGGUAUCGUUGUGUGGGAAGUGAGGGUCAAGAAUGUCUUAAGCGCAUUUGGCAGCAUUCAGUUGAGGUACAAACAACUACAGGCUUUGAUGGGCGAUUAAAGUAAGAGGAAAGAUAAUUCUUUACAAUACUAUCAUUUCAUUUUAGUUCUUUUGUGCAUCAUUAUUGUCCAACGCAAGAUUCUCUUUAAAAUUAACUUAAUGCAUAGUUGUUCUUGUAACACGCAAGUCCUAUCCGAUUAUUAUCGAACUGAUUGACUUGAAAAAUGUCAAAAACAGAAAAAUGAUAUCAUUAAUACUGCAACAUUUUGUAAUAUUCAUUUAUUUUAAUAGCCGACCCAUGUUAUUAUCAUCAAAACCUGAGUGAUGCCGAUAGAAAGAACAGUUACGCUACACCGGGAUUUGACAUGUACUACUUAGCCCCUUAAUUAAUGUAAAGUCACUUGUCUUCUUAAGUGCAAGUUUCACCACUGAUUGACAAGCUGCUAGAAUUAUAGGACGUUAGAAAAGAUCUUGAACCAUUGAUGUUAAUAACCUAAGUCCUGUGCAAUUAUUUCACUUUGUAGCCGAUCCUUGCUAUCAUUAUAAAAACCUGAGUGAAGCCAGUAGAAAGAUAAGUUACAGUACACCUUUCGGUUCAGCGUUGUGUGACAACCAACUCCCUAAGGAAUGGUAUCGUUUUGUGGGAGCUGCAGGAACAAAAAUGCCAACAACGCGUGUGCCAGCAUUCAGAUGUGGUACAAACUGGUCAGGCUGGUUGGAUGGUUCUCAUCCUACAGUGGAAGAUGGUGAAGUUCCAAGGAAGGUCUGCUUUAGUGGUCGCUCUACUGGUUGCAGAUACUCAACAAAUAUUUUUGUAAAAAACUGUGGAUCCAACUUUAUCUACGAACUUAAACGCCCACCUGGUUGUGCCUUACGCUACUGUAGUACAGACUGAAUGUAAAGCAAAUGUACUUCGCGUAGUAAGAGGACUCAUAAAUCGCUCUGUAGGUACGUGUGUACAAGGUUUUGACAUGUGACGUAUUCAACUUUUCUUCUCUAUCGUCAACAUUAUCAGCAGAUUUUAACUUUGGUGGCAAACAAGUAUUUAUUUCAUUAGAAUGAUAAUUCUCAUCGGAUAGCCUUUGUCAUUGAAGAGAGAAUUUCCCAAAGGAUCUUUAAAGUAAUCUUCAAGUAAAAUCUGCAAGACACAAACUCUCAAGCUUAUGGCUUUCGAGCCUUUAUGUUUUUUUUUUCGUUUUUUUCAUCCUUCUAUUGCUGUAAUUAUAAACCAUGAUUAUUUUAGCGUUGGUCAGUGGAAUAUAAACAGGCGCUAUCUUUCGCUAUAGGCGUAGAAAAAAAGUGAUGACAGUCAAAAUCCGAUGUCCUAUGAAAUUACGUAAAUUUAACGUAAUAAUAGUAACUCAGUAUUUUGAAACGUUGAACCAAUUUCCAGACACAGUAAGCAAAAUUUAAUGGUUUAGCCUGCGUAACCGUGUGUUAAAUGUGUCCGAAUCGACCAGGAUUCGUUUGAAAUUAUUGGAUCGCUUACAUCUCACGCUUAUUUUGAAUCCAAGUUAAAGAUCUUUACGCAAUGGCUUCAAAGUGUCCCUAUACAGCUUAUUUAACUAAGCGCACGGGCACUUCAUUUAUUCGAGACAAAAUUUGUUCAAAUAAUUUUAUAUAGGUAAUCACGCGUUUCCAGUGCAAUUUGGGAUAAAACAGAACGAGAAAAUUUUAAACGACUAACCAAAUUGCAUAAAGCCGUAAGGCGAGUGCAACUUGGAUGUGUAUUAUUAAGUUUAAAAGCUGCAUGUAGCUUUUAAAAGUUGACCUGUUUUGCCUACAACAUAAACACGCUAAAAGAAAGGUAUUCAGAACUGCAAUGUGUUAAAAAAAAGUAUUUAGAGUAGCUUAGUUAAACACAAGUUGUAAACAACUUUUUACACCGUUUAAGUACAUCACCAAAAAUAUUUUACAGGAAUGUUAGAUUUGAAAUCAAAAUCACAGUUUCUCUCGGCGAAGUUUUCCUUUUAUAUAAUGCAAACAUAUUCAAAGAAUCCUAUGAAAAAUAGUAAGCGCAGAAAAGAAACCCACUCUCACCGUAACCCCCAAAGGCUACUGCCUGAUAUUUCAAUAUUCUAACUAAGACUAGUCUUCCAAUCAUUUGAUGUUCAUUUAUCUCUAAUUUACAAUAAGAGACCUGAACACAAAGCAAAUGAGGCAAAGCAAGGCGAGUUUCUUGACAAUGUAUCAAAAUAUAGAAAAAUCGUCGGUAGACUCUUCAAAGCAAAGUGAUAUGAGCUGGGUCAAUCGUGGCUCAGCUUCUUGAGUGGUGUAAAUAAAUUAUCUCAUUAUUUAACAAAAACUGUGUAUCUCUUUGUAAAUAAAUUUAACUUACACAGACUAUUUUUAGCUGAGUUUCAUAACACGAACACGAGUAAGCGUUAAGGGCAGUGUAGUCCAUGGGUCGGAGUAGGUUCUCGAUACCACUCAUCUAAUAGCGAUCGCGAAAGAGUAGCUUUCACCGUUUUUUAUUGAAGUUAAUGUCAAUAACCUGGGAAAAAUAACAACAACAACAAGGAAAUAUUGCAGUGAAGUAAAAACAGAGCCAUAAAUAAAAACUGGGUUUAACUUUACAUCGCAACGAUUCAGUAACAAAUGGAGAAAGUUAUUGAAAAAGAUUUUAACGUAAGGAACAGAAAAAGGAAAAUAAGGUAAUUUUUAACUUAAUAUUGAACAUUUUUCUUGAUUAAUUGCAAGUAGUUUUCACAGGUAAUGUUUGAAUUAUGAAGUUAAUAGUAAUAAAAAAAAAAUUGCAAAAAGGCAUCUCUUGUAGUUCAUGCCUUUGUUAGUGCUAAGGGAUGUACAUAAAUUUGAUACCCGUAUGGGACAAGGGACAAAGGGGAGGGGGAAGGUUCUUUAUAAAAGAACAAUGGGAGAAAUCAUUGUUACCCUUAGGACCUGAUAGUAAUAAUGGUACCUUUUGCAUUGAUGUACAAAAAUUGCCCUGAAAAAAUUCAUAUUCACAUUCCGCUGGUAAAUGAAGUUAUCGAUAAAAUGUGUAAACGCACUGGGCGGUUAACUUCGCUCGGUUAAUAUAUUUUUUUCCAUACAUGAAUCAGUCAGAACUGUUGCAGAAUAAAGUCUGGUGAUAAAACCAUGUGCUGUAGUAUUGCCCAUCGUCUCCCGUUGCCGGAUUCCAUCAUUUAUCCUGUCGAUGUCAUCUGUCCGGCAGAAGGAAGUGAAUAACGUUUUCGUACACCACAAAUGUAAGUGCACAUGCUGGCGUUACUCUAAAAAGAAACAAAAUCAACAACAAUCAAACGCACAAUACACAGUAAAAUCGACAAUGAACGUUCUACAUAUAUUACAGUUUCAGGGUUUCUUCUAAAGCGCUCCUUUGCUGGAUUUCCAAAAACAAAAAAACUGCUAAAACUUACACUAACAUAUCAGGUGGGGCACAAACAUUUGUGAUAAGGAUAAGUAUCUUAAUAAUUUCACAGUAUUCGCACAUGUAACUGACGAAAACAAUGACAUGACACCUACUCCAAAUUUUAUAGCCUCUUAAUGUAUCUAUCGCCUGUCUCUUCUUCCCAGUUUCUCACAGACUAGAAUGUGCAAAUAAGUUCAAACACCUUAUGGGGGUACCCCAUCUCUUAAGACCCUUUUCUUUACAAAGCGCCACCUGAAAUUAAAGAUGAGAGCCCACUAAGCCCUCUUGGCCAAUUCUAGAUUAUACAUUGCGGUUUAACACAUAAAACUAACAAGCAAAUCUACUUGUAUCAUCAAAUUUAUUUUUAACAUUUAGCCUUACCUGAGGACACUGGGAAUUAAUCCUUUAUAAAAUCCUGUUACUCCUUCAUGCCUAAGAUUUUGAAAAGAACCUGCUGUGAGAAGAGGCCAAAAAAAGAAGAAUACCUUCUUUCAUGAAAAUGUGGACUUUACCACUGAGCCGUAAGUCAAUCCGAAAUUGGAUCCAGUUCUCAAACAAGCUGGUUUCAGUUCUCCGCCAAUUUUGGUCCAGUUCUUUGUCAAAUUGUAUCAAACGGGCAAAACAUGUACCUCUCUUUAAUGUAGAGGGUUUGAACUGACUAAAGAUGGAAAGCUAGUCUAUAACAUAUCGAAAACUUUAAGUCCUCAUGUCAAGUUCCAACUUACCUGAAAGUCUUACUAAUCACAUCCAACGCGCCUUUGUAUUCCACCAUCGUGUACUGAUUCUUUAGAAAAGUAAAAUUCAUGAACAAUAAAUGACAGCAGGAAACAGUAAAUACUGAACGAUUUAACAAAACAGACUUGCUUAGAGACAGCUCCAGAUAUAUUCAAUUGGUUUUAGCUAAUUUUAUGGGCACAGGAUCAAAACUUUCGCGCCGUGCGUUCUCAUAACCAUCUUGGAUCCGUGUUUCUUAAGAGGAAUAGAGAGAGUGAAAGAGGGUGAAAGCUACUCUCCCUCGUGAGAUUUGGUAUUUAUCCUCAUUGUAGGGUUUCCCUGGCCUUUUGUUGGUGCCCAUUUGAACCACUGGGAGGGGGGAUGUGUGGGGCUAACGAAUCUUUUCCCAAGGAACCGACACAAUGACCUAGCUGAGGCUCGAGGCCCGAGCACAGGCCACAUCAAACUGGAGUCCAGUAAACCAACCGAUGAGAUCACCGGACUGAAAACUAAAAACAGCCUUAAACAACAAGUUUAUUUCAAGAUAAUAGCAUACAACAGUAAAACGAAAUCUAAAUCUAUGUCAAAAGGUUAAUAAUUUUUUAAUGAAUCUCCCAUUCUAACCUGAAGUCUUGCUCUAACCACUUGAUAAGGAUAUGUCGCUGUUGCGGCGAAAAUUUUCGACAGUGAAGCCGUUACAAGGUACUCAGUUGAACUCUAUGAAGAAAAUGAAAGUUAGCAAAACAUAAAUUAGAGAGCAAAACACUUUAUAUAAAAAAAAGAACUACUAUAUAUUCAGCACUUCAGAGUGAUUCCCAAGAUAACCCACGGUUACAUAAUAAUAAACGUCAUCCUAUUAGUACCUUCCUACCAGCCACAUGUACAACAAAGGUAAUAGAGGUUGUCUUUUGGACGUCAGUUGUAGCUUCAAAAUGCUGAAGCUCGUCAUGGAGGACUACUACUCAAGAUGAGAAGCCAAAAACUUCCCCCACCCUUCCCUCUCUCGUGUUCUCCCUUUACAUUCGCCACUGGCCUCUACAUGUGUUCGUGUUGACCCUUUACAACCUAACAUCAGUAUCCAUAUUCUCCAUACUGUUCUCUAUACAUUUCCAAAGAUACUAACAAGGAGAAUUUCUUAAACAGUCAAGAACUUUUUCGGUGGCUGAAUAUUUCCUCUCUUCUCAUGACCUCCAUGUGUGAUUCAGAGGUGAUAUUGUAAGGAGAUGUUAGAUGUCAGUCAUUCUUGGGGGGCAAAGGGUUGAUUCUUAUCAAUCCUUCUGGGUAGAGAGGGGAGUUGAGAGUAAAGUUUCGUUCCAGUAAAUGACAACACUUCAAUCAUUCACCCUAAGCUAUUAACAUGAUCAGUGUAAAAGCACUUCACAUGUUUUGUAUGUCAAGGAUUAAGAUCAAGAGUUUCUUGUUUGCUAACUCGGUUGAAUUUGUGAGCUUUAACACGUAUACAAUCAACUAUACAGACAAGUGCAGACAGUAUUCACCAGCUUCUUGUUGAUUGGUGUUCCAAAAUAUUGACUGUAGCCUUUCUUCAGCUCCUCAUAGGCCAUGAAUUGCAGUGCUCCGUGCAUACGCCAAAAACACCUGGAACGUAACCCUGGUCAAGUAAAAGAAAAUGAUAUGAGCAAACUUCAUGUUCCAUCCAAACACAAACUCAGGUUAAUCACUCACAAUACCAUAUCUAAGCUAGGCGAAGAUAGCGGGGUCUUAAAAAAGGCUGAAAUAGCUUUGUAUGGUUCCUGACUCUUAGACUGAUGUUUAUGCUUCUCUUUUGUUUUUGCGCUUACCUUCCCUUUUUCUCUUUUUGAUUGUUUCCCUCCUUUUUUUAAGGAGGAUUGAAAACCACUGUUGGCUUAGUGCAUAUGCAGCAACCAAAACAUACUAACUACAAUAUUAAAAUGUUUUACAUUAAGUCUCAAAAGUGAAUAUCAAAGACAUAAUUGUGAUUGCAUCAUGAAGACCUACAUCUGUAAGAUACCUAAAGUUCUCUGCAAUCAGAGUACCAAACAAUGAGUCACUCAAAAAAAUAGGCCCGAUGCAUUGAUGUAAAGUUUUCAAAUUGUGCUCUAUAAGAGCACUUUUACACUUCCACUAUUGAAUCUCCCAUGUACAUUUAGGAACUAAAGACUAUAUACAUCUAUAUAUUUAAUAAUUCCUCUAUUUUACAACAUUUUAUGCCAUUAUUUUUUGUGUUCUUAAGCCCAAGGUAUUAAGGUACACAUGGAGCGGUACACACCACUUGUGACUUCUUGGAUUUGAUUGACUUUGUUAGAGACCAAUACCCUGCAUACUUCACCACAAGACCAGCACACACAGUCAAAAUAAUCUCAGUUUUUAACUUGAUCAAUCAAUCAAAAAGCUGUCAACCGAUACAUAUCAAGGUUACCUUGUAUAAACCUCUCAACUCCUCAUGUCUCCACAACUUUAACAGAGCAUCUGUAGAGAACAAGGAGUACAAAAUAAGUCAUCCAUCUGGAUUUCAUGUAAGUGAGGAAUUGGUGAGCACAAUUACAUGCGCCACCAACUUGAUUCCAGUUCACAGUGAAAUUGCGAUUGAGAAAAGUACCAAACAAUUUAUUAUUCACUGCUGAAUCAACGUUAGGCUUAUAAAAAACUAAAGAAAUGAUCACAAACUUGAAAGAGCUCUUGAUUUUUAACUACAUUCUCCUUGUAAGUUGCAUGUCUAAAAUGUAUCAAGAACAGAACGGGGGAAAUACAUACUGAUGGAAGUGUGUAAAUGGUUCACUUUUCUUUUCUCUCUCUUAGGUAAAAAGGUGUCAUUCAUCUUUGCAAACAAAUAUCUUACCAAAAAUUCAUUUUUACUGAGGUGUUUGUGUUUUUUCAGCAAGGGAAUCAGAAUACUAGAGACAUAAGCGAGUUUUGACCACCCAUAUUGAAUUUGUUAGGUAACCUGGCACAAACCACCAAAAAGUUAAUUCAUCAUUCUAAUUAGCAAAUAGAUGGACCGUAAUCGUUGGAAAGUAAGUCCACGUGAUAUAACUUAAAACUUUUCCUAAAAUGAUCUCAAUAAUAACGCAGCACAAUCGGUUACUCGCCAAACAUACAAUUAUCUAUUUGUUCAAAAUUGAUCAGCGCACUUGAAUGAAUGUGUAAAGGGCAUCGCAUGAAUUAAUGUCUGAUAACAUCUCGAACCGUGAACACGACCCUGAGAGUGACGCUAAAUGAGCACGCUUCAAACUUCGAGUCUCUCAACGGAGACAAACACCCUGUCCCAGAUGCUUUUUUCGAAACAUAUUCACAAUUCUUUCAUUACACUUUAUUCGAAUAUCGGUAGUUCUUAACAGUAGAAACAAAACAAGAUUAUAAAGACUGCCUCGAUAAGCUCGUCCGUGGAAAAGCGCCAGAGUUUGCCCGAGAGGUUUCAGAAUUCAGAUCACCUGUACAUGCUCUAUAUUUAAAUUCAAAUAAAAGAUUAUUUGGGACUAGAAGUUAUUAGGAUCGCACAAGUUAUUAGUAAACUUACACAGCCACAGAAUUUAGAAAAGGAACCAAAACUGCAUAGUUUCUUUGAGAUCAGCUUAGAUUUAUAAGGCCUAUUUGGUGCACCGUUUUAUUUUGUCCCUUGUUAGAAGUGCUGUUUCACAGUAAUUUUUUUUGUUUGUUUUCAGUCAUUUGCGGCGGUGAAAUAUCGCUUUCAAAAAUCUCACACUUUCAAAAUAUGGCCAACAUUUAUCAAAUAGAACGUAAAAAACCACGAUAUUUCCAUAGGGACAUUUUUUAAUACAAUAGCUUUCCCUCGACGGCUUUGAGGUUUUGCGGUGCCUUGAAGGAGAUCAAAUGAAAAAAAGCACAAAAAAAUUCGCCAAAUCUCGUGCAGCAACUUCUUUAUUCUCCAUGUGUAGAGGGCUGGAUUAGUCUUUAAGACGAAUAUCAACAUUUAGACAAAGUAAUUGAUAGCAUGAAUCAUGAGGUUCAUUUUGGAUAAAUGAUUCUAGGCAACUUUUCUCUCAAAUAUUGAUAACUGAGUUCAGUCAAAAAAUAUUGUUUGGGAAUAAAUAUUAAGAGAAUAUAGUUCAAAUUGCUUGACCGGUCGUACUUCUUUUCUGCUUUGAAAAGUGGAAUAUUCAGGACUUAAUUAUCUUCAAGCGGCACCGGUCCGGCGGUUGUAAUUUACGUCCACGGGGGCGUCUUUCCUACAGUAGAAACCUCAUAAAAAAUAAAUGUCCUCAAUGCAUCAAUUUUUGGUCACGGAACCAUAGUUAAAACAAUUUUUAAGGACUUAACUCGGACUCAAGUUUCAAUGCACAAAGGUUGUGCAUUAAGAAACGAAACUACUUGGCGACGAUUUGACGCAAAAUCUCUGGAGGGCUUUUCUUAAGUCAACACAUAAUUCUGAAAUAUUUGAGGGCACUCAAAUAGAUAUCUUUUAGGCUUGAUUUUAAUAAUAUCAGUCCUUUUGCAAUUCUCAUUUCACUUUGCAGCUGAUCCUUGCUAUCAUUAUGAAAACCUGACUGAAGCCAAUAGAAAGAUAGAUUACCUUACACCUCCCGGUUCAGAAUUGUGUGACUACAAACUCCCAGAGGGAUGGUAUCGUUUUGUGGGAGCUGCGGGAACAAAAAUGCCAACAACACGUGUGCCAGCAUACAGAUGUGGUACAGACUGGUCAGGCUGGUUGGAUGGUGCUCAUCCUACAGUGCAAGAUGGUGAAGUUCAAAUGAAG